AGCAGGACUGAAUUUUCUAGCGCUAGUGUGAGAAAGCUUAGGCGGGCUUUCAGUUCUAACAAAAUGAGUUUGCUGAAAGUUAUUUACUUAUGCAUAGCGUUAUUGAUCAGUCCUUAUCACACUUACUCUUUUCCCGAGGUACCGAAUAAUUACGUCACUAGUGAAUGCAGAGAGGGAGCUGAAACAUUUACCGUACAAAAUGUUCCACUGGCGUACGACAGUGCACUCUUUUGCAUGUAUCAAAACCUUCAAGUUUUGCUAGAUAUCCCAAAGCUGCAGUUGGCUUUAACGACACCCCACACUGGAAGGUCAAUUUGCGGGAUUGAAGUCCACUCGUUCGAUAAUGACACUAAGACAUUCAAUAUGACAAUAUAUGAUACAGAUUUACAAGGAAACUGUACCCGGCGGAAUGGUACAGUUAAUGCGGUGGCCCUUGAAAAUGGCAAAACCAAGCAACGUUCAGAAUUACGAAUUCCACGAAAAUUAGGGCGGACUCGUCCAUAUUUCCAAAAGGAAAAAGCCCGUCUUCUUUUUACGGAAUACAAGACAUGUUUAAUUUUUAUUACUUCGUUCUAUGGCGAAAAAUAUUGCGAGCUUUUUGUUGUACGUAACGAUAGCAUUAACAUGCAUGAUACGCCCUGCCACUCAAUUUACCGGAUAUACUGCGGAUAUGGGAGCCCGACACGAGAUGUAUGGCCAAACCCUAUCAAAUCCUCAAGUGAUGAAGACUUUAUACUAGAAGCGCACACACUUCGGAUGUUAAUUCAACACGCACAUCCUUUAAAAGAGGACACGAUCUUCAUGAAUGAAUUUCAGAUGAUCACUAAGGUUUUGUACCACAUUCCAGAGGCAAACGUAUACGCUUCAACAUACGAAAAAAGAGAGCCAAGACUAUGUGGAAUACAAACUUAUAAGAUAAUGCCUGAUAGGGCAGAGUUGGUGCUCCAAAGGAUAAUUAAUGGCCGAAAUAAAAGCGAAUACGGAGUACCCCACUAUUAUUCUGACACGAAUGCAAUUUCUCCAACCCAAAUCUUUCUUUCGGAUCAUUAUGGCCUGCGGCGGGUCUUGCUGUCCAAUUUCAAGAGCUGCUACGUAUUGAAGAAAGUUGACAAGAACAAAAGCUCGGCUUCUUCUUGUGAGUUGUUUGUUAAGAACAAUACAGACCCCACCACUGACCUGGAGGAAUGCUGGUUUGUAUUCCUCGUAUACUGCGGGUACCCGAAGGCCUUUUACAACGAAACAAGCUGUUACUCUCGCAGCAUUAAGUAACAGCUUAAGACUGAGUACCUUCAUCCUAAAAAUAUCCCUCUCUCAUCAGCCCUUGGCCAAAGGCUAUUGUAUUCAAGCUGUAUAGAUUUCAAGAAUCCUAACAUCAAUCUGGGGUAACGAUAUGUCAUCUUGAGGUUGUUAGUAUUGUGCCGUCAAUUCUUAAUCUUUUGAGAAGCAAGUUUAUAUGCAAGAAAUAAAGUAAUAUAAUAUUUAACAAA